CUGCGCACCACCAUGCGGCAGCGGCAGUGGUAGUUGUUCUGGUUCCGGACGUUGAUCAUGAUGCUGCCGUCCAUCAACUCAACCGGCUGCAGGAAGGCAGAAAUAGACGGACAGGGUUCGAAAGAAAGGAGACAUGAGGAUCACAAACCGCAUUCCUGCAGUCAUGAGGUGCAGCUGAUCUGAGUCACAAGCCAGAGAGCGAAAGAGAGGAACAAGCCGAACACGUUCAGACUUAAAAAGAGAGAAAAGACAAAGUCUGAACUGCCAACCAGCUGCUUUCAAGGAACCAGUUUAAAAGGCUCUUCGUCUCUCAGGAAGAAUGACGACGCAGAGAUUCAUCGAUCAGAAGAUGGACUUUCAUCUGAGCCACAGGACCUUGUGACCUUUGACCUGAUGGAGGACAGGAAUGGGGAUUGCCAGGCGUCGGCGGAGGCUGCUGUGGACUUUGAAAUCCGACGAACCCAAAUGGACCAACAGAGCAUCAACAGAUCCAAAUGGACAAACGGUCAGUUUAUCGCGGCGAUCCCAACCAGUUCAACGCUGAACCCCAGAUUUGAUCUGGAUCUCUGUCGAUCCAAACUGGAGCAGGAAGGAUUUGAGAUUCCUGUGACAGACAUGGAAGAUCCACUGAAAACAGCUCUGGAUGUCCCUUCAAUCAGAAGAUACAUGGUUUUACACUCGGGCCUUUUCCACUUUGUUUUAGCGCCGGUGCUUUAUGUGGUGCUGUGGUGUGCAGUUUUCUCAACCCUCCACCUCUACAUCACCGUUGCCGACUACUGGGUCCUCAUCCUCUCCGUCAGCCUGGUCUCCAUCCUCCUCACCACCGCCAUCAUCUGCAUUCUUCAUCACAGUAACAAAGAAAUCAAUGUCAACAUCGACGUUCGGCUGAUCCAGGUGAAUGAGAGAAUGAUGAAACAUAAAUUGAUGGUGGGUGUUGCCGACUGGGUCCAGAACUGCGCCGGACACAUGCAGCUGUACUUCGUGUACUGGGACAUGUCUUACUGCCUGAGGACGCUGUGUGAAACUUUAGAGGAGCAAAGCUUCGUGACAAAUGAAACCCAGAAAACCAUGAAGAGCAGAAUGUCACAUCUAGUCUUGGUGACGGAGCUCCCUCCCAUCAACCCAGAGGCCGGCGGUUCAGAUGUCGAGCAAGACUCUGAUGAAAACAGACCUCUGCUGAGAAAUGAGGACACAGGGCGCAGUACACCCUCCAGCCAGCGGGGGGACUCAAAGGUCACCUCUAACUACAGCCUUGUUCCUGAAGCUUCACUACCUGCUCAGGCUAAAGCCUACCAACUUCUGAUGACCUACAGUGCAGCGUAUGUAAAGCUGCUAAUGUCUGAGAGGCUGUCGGGGCCGUCCAGCCACCGCCUGCGGCCCCUGAGGAGCCACUGCACCACGGCUCCGGUCUGCCUCUGCCAGUACAUUAAAACCAAAGUCCUUCAAUAAAACUGAAAACUGAAGGCAAACUGACAAGCGAACAGGAUUUAUCCUUCUGGAGCCAAAGUGGAUUUAAGUUAUGUUGAUCCGCUGAUGGACUCGUUUGGACCGUAACACUAUAUUUUGUUGUUGUUGGUUUUUCUCUUCAUCCUGUGAGGCAGCUUGUUUUAUUUUUACUUGCAUAGCUUCUGAUUUCCUGCCAGCUCUGUGUUUGCACCACCUGGAUGUUAAUUUGUUCGCAUUCAGCCAAAUGCUGUCAACAUUCAGCCCAACUGCUAGCAAACAGUAUUUGUAAUGGUUUAUACAUGACAAUCACCACUAUAUUUACUAUCUACAGCUGUUUAAAUUAUUUAUACAAAUGAUAAUUACACUGUAGAGCUGAUUGAUUUAAUGUGCUGUUUAGUGAGCCACGAAGAAAGCUUUUCUGUGCUGUGAACUAUAAGGACCUUUAGUUGAAAAGCGAUGAAUGGAUGCAAUGCUUAUCACAUUGAUUCAAAUGUGAACUCUUGAUCAAAUGGAGAAAAGAAAGUACACCCACUUUCCGUUUGGGCUUUUAUGCAUCAGGACAUAAUAAAUAUUAUCUGGUUUUUAA